UCAAAUAAAUAUUAAAUUUAAAACAAACGUAACAUCUGUAGUCUGUGCGUUAUCUGUUUUUAAAUAACACAGAUGAAACAUUUCGCUAAAAUGUUCGUUUUUGUAGAUCGAAUGUCGAUUAUAAAAUGAAUCGCCUAGGUAGCCCAUCAUAUAAUUCAAUCAUUUUAAUUUCAAUCAAAAUAAUAAAUCGAUUGUAUUCCGAGUAUUAAACAUAAAUCAAUACAUACCAGCAAGCAAUAUGUAUCCGUGAAUCAUUUUUAUGACUUUUUUUGAAAUUACUUGUUUUCCGGAGACCGACUGAAACAUAAGAACCGCUCAUCAACACUGCAUCAGUCUGUUCUCAAGCACGCGCACUCCGAGCUCCUUAUCGUGUGCUCAUGCCAUAAUAUCACAAGCACAGUUUGCUUAUUGCCUAACCACCCGCCCCUUCAUUUAAGCAUUUUUAGAGAUUGAAAGACUAAUUGCAAGUUUACUUAAAUGCCAAUUAAGUAUUUUAUUUCACUAAUCAAACUGCAAGUGAAACUGAACUACCGUCAGGAAAAUGAUUGUUUCCCCGAGUCGUUAGUAACCAGAAUCUCUAGGAUACCGUGUUUCACAAAGCUAAACUGUGUUUCACAAAGCUAAACAAUAAUGUCAGAGUAAUGGACGCAGCAAUCGCAAUUCCGCGCUGGUUAACGAAAACAAGAGAAACAAUUGGGAACUCAAAGGUAUGCCUAAUUAAAAGCUUAGUUAUUUCUAACCGUGAAGUUUUAAAUUCUGGUAUUUAUUCACUCAUUAAAAUAUCGAUUUUAUACAAACAGACCGUUCAUGUGACUUUGUCCAUAAUUACACUCGGCAGUGUGUUGAGAACUUCUUUAACAGUGAAAGAGCAUAGACGAUAGGAAAGAUUGCUCCAACAUUUGUGAACAUUUUACAUUACAUUACAUUACGUGGCAUUCAGCAGACGCUCUUAUCCAGAGCGACGUACAACAAAGUGCAAAUCAAUCACAAGAACAAGUGCAAAAGUAGACUUGAGGGGACAGUACAGUUCCGAGUCCUAGUGUAAACAUACCGAAAUUCAGAACCCUUGAAGAGUACAAUCAACUUUCAAACUAGCAUACCACAGUUGGCAGCUAGAAUACAACAACAGCCAAUAAAAACAACAAUACCUAUACAAGUAACGAUAUCCAUACAUAAGUGCCAUUACGGUCUAAGGCUAAUCACAGUGAUUGUGAGUUGGGGAGGGAAAGGUGUAGCGUGAAGAGAUGGGUCUUCAGUCUGCGCUGCACAUUUUGUGGAGGUGUUUGCGCUGGGGUGGCUACGUUUAUACAUUUAUAUUUGUAUAUGUUUUUAUAUUUGUUUACAUUUGUAUAUAAACGUAACUGUACCCUCUUGAGCUGAAAUUCUUUUCUCUUUUUUUGCAACAUGUGCAAAUGCUUCCCACGAGAGAUUGAUGCUGUUAAACUUUGAAACAGGAGUGGAAACGCUUCACCGCAGAGUUGUUUGAGGUUAUGCGACAGCAGCUUGCAGAGAGCUCCGUAAACGUACUCUCUGAUCUCUGCGAGACAGAGAAGGCCCUGCUGGUGGAGAGAGCAGCCAGAGCGGCGCGUGCUGGAAGGUCCCAUGUGGAUGUUGUUGCUCACAUCUCUUCUGUGCUGGAGGAUGCUUUGAGCUCGCAUGUGGGCACAGAGCUGAAGGAGAGACGUACCGUUUCAUCGAAGACUGAUCUUUUCCAAAGUCAUGUCCAGGAAGGCAUGGUUAGUCUUUUAAACAAAUGGCCAGACAUGAAGAGCAAGCUGACCGUUCUUUUCAACCGGCCCUUACCCAUGGAAAUCAGGGAGGUAGCAUGGAGACUGUACCUCUCCAAUACCAAAGCCCGGAUGGACUACCUGAUGGCUGUGUCUGUGAACAAGGACAAGUCCAGACAGGACCUGGACAUCUGCCUGCAGUGCGACUCGCUUUCUGCCACAGCAGCCACGUCCCACAAUCUCAGUACCAAUGAGUUAGCAGUGAUGAAAAGGGUCCUCUCCUAUUACCACCGAAUUCAGCGCGUUAAGAGCCGACUCCUGGAGUCCGACUGCCUGCUGGUGGUGCCCCUCCUGCAGGUGGUGCUCGCCCACUCCACCCCCUCCACCUCCUCGGACUCUGCGGCCGCUCACCUGGUGGAGCAGUAUCUCACUUUCAUGAAUUCCCGUCCUGCGACCCCUGCUGGAACUGAAAGUGGCGAUACGUUUGAGGAAGUUGCUUCAAUGCUAAACCAAAAAGACAAAGAGCUUGCGUGCGUGAUAAGGACGGUGCAUUCGGCAAAAGAUGGUCAAGACCCGUUGCUUAAAGGUGUGAAGGAGAUCCUGCAGCCUAUUGUUCAAGUCUUUUUUGUCGGUUACUUGGAUACACCUGCCCUGCUGUAUGUUUGGGAUCAGUACAUCAUCGGACUGGACAGUCCACUGUAUGACUGCCUGCCUGCUUUCUCCUUUGCAUUUCUGCUGCUCCUGAGGGAGCACUUCCAGCGCUGUAGCACUAGCUCUGAAAUGACAGACGUGACAAGAUCUCAAGGGCCCAAGCUUUCAGUGUCACAGCUCCAGAGCAUCAUAAACAAGUUCUUCUAUGAGGAUUUGUUCAGUAAAUUAACUCAAGACAAAGUCCAAGGUUUUCCCGUUCUGGAUCCAACUCAAGCUCUCCUCCCUCCAUGGACUCAGUUGUUAACCAGCAAGUUAACCAGCAGAACAAAGCCUCAAGACAGACGACAAGCUAGGGAAAUAAGAGAAGCCCAGAGGGCCGCUGACACCGAGAGAAAGAUGCAGGAAGCACAGGACCAGAAGCGCAAAGAGGAAGAAGAGAUCAGGCGAGAGGAGCUGAGGCUACAGAGGGACUUGGAAGAGACCAGACGCAUUAGUAGAGAAGAAAGGAUUCAUCUGGAGGAACAACUUGCUCAGGAACGACAACGUCACUAUGAAAUUGAGAAGAGUGCUCAGGAGCAAAUUGAUCAGUUACAGGCAGAAGUCAGAAGGAUUCAGGAUGAUAAACUGCUCAUAAAUGACGACGAGACGAAAGUAAGCUUUGACCCCCCACUUCCAUCUACGGAGCCCGAAACUGAUGUUCAGGACAGUUAUGGACCAGUUCCUGAAUAUCAUAAAACACCACCGCCAUCACCAGAUGCAAAAGACAAAGCGCCAAGCCAGAAGGACCCCCUAACCAUUAAUAGAACUGUUGAGGGUGUAGCAGCAGACCUUCUUCAGAGCCUGGUCCUGUCUGCUGGUAAAAUUGUGCAUGGGCCAAAUAUGGAGAGGACAUCAGCAGACACACCAAUUCCCAUAUAAGGAACAGAGGAUUCAAGAUGGUGGUGAGAAAGUCCAUACCUUUGAGGUGGAGCCCACCCCCGACCCCCCCC